CCCAAAAUCAAGUUUGAGACAAUGAUCAUAGACAACUGCUGCAUGCAACUGGUGCAGAAUCCUUACCAGUUUGAUGUGCUAGUGAUGCCCAAUCUCUAUGGGAACAUUAUCGACAGUCUGGCUGCUGGUUUGGUUGGGGGAGCUGGUGUGGUCCCUGGUGAGAGCUACAGUGCAGAGUACGCAGUCUUUGAGACGGGAGCCUGGCACCCAUUUGCCCAGGCAGUGGGCAGGAACAUUGCCAACCCCACAGCCAUGCUGCUCUCUGCUUCCAACAUGCUGUGGCUUUUGAAUCUCAAGUAUCAUUCCAACAUGAUUGUGGAUGCGGUGAAGAAGGUGAUCAAAGUUGGCAAGGUUCGAACUUCUGAUAUGGGUGGCUAUGCCACCUGCCAGGACUUCACUGAGGCGGUCAUUGGUGCUCUGCCUCAACCAUAGGUCCCACCCAUAACCAUGUAAGGUGUUCAAUAAAAACACAUUAUUGACUCUUGGAAAAAAA